UCGGCGCUCACCGCUCGCCUCGCUCAGACGCUCAGUAUCCUCAUCGGCGCGGUAGGGGGCGUACACGUCACCUUUAUGUUUGCGCGGGAAAUUGUUCUCAGUCGACGUAUUUCGCGAGUGUUCCGAAUAUUAAAUAUAAAACCAGUUUAACAAUUUUUGAACUGAAUAAAGUGCUGUUGUUUUAAGUCUAAAAGUGCGCUAACAGUAUUUAGUAACUCCAACAAGUGUUAAUUGUGCAACAGUGUUAGUUGUAAAUUCUGUGUCGAAUUUAGAGUUUUCUGAAUUCGUCGAGUUCGAUGUAAAUUAAAAAAAACUUCUAAAAUUGGAUAUUACGAAUGCGAUGAUCGUUGUUUUUGGAGACCAUUACUCGCUACACAAUAAUGUAUCGGUGAAGUGAGCCUAACAAAAUGAGAUAAAUCGAUGAAACAAUGUUAAAUGAGAUCGUUUAUGCGAUUCUCCCAUCAGAUUUUGAAAGGACAUUAAAGUACAAGAAGAGAACGUAUGAGAACAGAGCUUAUAUUAGAAAAAGACGAGAUAAAAAGUCCACUUCAACGAGGGCCACACAAAAUGAUAACAAGAAGUUCGAUACACUUUUGGACAAUGCUAAAACACACGAGGUUAAAAAGAAGUCACUGAAGGCUGUAGAAAUACCAAUGUUAAUAUCAUUCCUCUUUUUCUAUGUAUAUUUUAUAAAUGUGAUAAUUACGUGUGAUGUUAGUGUUAAUGAUGUAAAUAUAAAAACAUACAAAGAACAAGGAUCGUACAGAAUACAAGAAUACGUAAGGAACAAUCCAAGGUUAUGGCACAGUCGUAUACAUGAAGAUAAAAUCCUAAAAAAAACUCCGCGCAUAAGUCGGUCAUCAAAAAGAAAUGCAGAUGACGAUGAUAAAAAUGAAAAAUACACGGAUGACCAGGAUUUUAAUAAAUAUUACGAUGAUUAUAAGACUAAAGACGAUAUUGUUAAUAAUGUUACUGAACACCCGCAAUUCAGUAAUCUAAAUAUUAUGAUUGAUGAUUCUAAUGCCAUAGGAUAUCCACAUGAUUUGGCUUCGAGUCCAUUUUCCGUAAAGAAGAUAAACUUUAAUUUGAGAUCUAAAACACAUGAAUUUAAGGACAAGAUAGUCAAACUCGGUGUAUUGUUAUCCGCGUCGCCAGAGCAAGUCUUCUCUUUAGUGAAAGUAUUGCCGAUAUUGGAAAUGGCAGUGCCUGCAGUGACGAGACCAGACGGACCACUACCCGGCUGGAAAAUACUUGUGGAUUAUCGGGAUACUGACUGUUCAUCUACUAACGGGCCUUUGGCUGCAUUUGAGUUCUAUGUCAAUGGCUCUGCGGACGCAUUCAUUGGACCUGGCUGUGAAUACGUCAUAGCUCCUGUAGCAAGAUAUGCUGGUCUCUGGGGCAUACCAGUGUUCACGGCGGGGGCUCAAGCAGAAGCUUUCUACCAUAAGUCUCAAUACCUUACACUGACUAGAAUGAUGGGAAGCUACACACAAGCGGGAUUCGUCGUUCGGAAAGUCUUCGAGGAAUUUAACUGGCGUCGGAUCGGCAUGCUAUAUCACAACAACAACCCAUCGUCGGGUAAAGGCAAUAGCUUGUGUUACAUGAGCCUCAGCGCGAUGUUCUCAGUCCUCAGGAAGAAGAAUUCUUGGGAAUCAAUACCAAACUUUCCUUUUGACGAAGAUAACACCACCGUUCCUAUAUUGAAGGAGUUGCUUCAGAAAUUGUCUUUGAGUUCUAGAAUUGUCGUGUUGUGUGCGAAUCCUAAGACUGUGAGAAAUAUUAUGCUGGCUGCGGACGAACUCAAUAUGGUUUCCUCGGGGGAAUACGUCUUCUUCAACAUUGAACUGUUUUCUAAUUUGGCUUCGGCUUCGUCUAAGGAACCAUGGAAGCUAGAAGGCGACACCGAUGAACAGAACGAGAGAGCAAGAAGAGCUUACAGCGCUGUGCUGACUGUCACCAGUCCUGCUCCGGAAAAGAAAGAAUAUCUCGAGUUUUCUGAUCAGGUUAAACAGUUGGCGGCUACAAAAUACAACUAUACGUUUGGUAAAGGCGAGGUGGUGUCUACAUUCGUGGCUGCAUUCUACGAUGCUGUGUUACUGUAUGCGUUAGCUCUCAACGACACAUUACAACAAUCGGAAGACCCUGGGGGCCAGCUGGACGGGGCUCAGCUCAUCAAGAACAUGUGGGGCAGAACCUUCCAAGGCAUAACGGGUGAAGUGGUAAUCGAUAAGAACGGCGACCGCGUGGCAUCAUAUUCACUUCUAGACAUGAACCCUCUCACCAGCAAAUUUGAGGUAGUAGCGACGUACGUGGCAGCUAACUCAUCACUGCAGUUCAUCAAAGACCGUCCCAUUCACUGGGCCGGCGGGAGGCUCACGCCGCCCCCGGACACACCUGAAUGCGGUUUCGACGGCUCCCUGUGUCCCGACAACUCGUUACCAGUCUACGCGAUACUGAGCAUAGUAUUGAGUUCUGUUGUAGUGAUUUUGGCAAUACUAUCGGUUUUCAUUUACAGACAUUACAAACUGGAAGCCGAGAUAGCAAUGAUGACGUGGCGAGUGAGCUGGAGCGACGUGUUACAACCGGGCGGUCGAUUGAGGGGCAGCAUGCAUUCGCUCGCUCGACGAUACAGUACCGGGACGGCGUACUCAGACGAGGCAACAUCUUUGGCGGGGGACAGACAGGUUUACGCCCCUUGCGGUUUCUAUAAAGGCUGUCGCGUUGCUAUCAAGAAGGUGGACAAACAGCGAAUUGAUUUAACCCGGCCACUGCUUCUGGAACUCAAGAAGAUGAAAGAUUUGGAACACGAUCAUUUGGCGAGGUUUUACGGCGCGUGUGUGGAUCCGCCUCAUUGCUGCUUGCUAACGGAAUACUGUCCCAAAGGAUCAUUGCAGGAUAUCUUGGAGAACGAACAAAUAAAGCUAGACUGGAUGUUCAAAGUUAGCCUCAUGCAUGAUAUUGUGAGGGGUAUGCAUUAUCUACAUGGCACGGAUAUACGAUCCCAUGGGGCGUUAAAAUCAAGUAAUUGCGUCGUUGAUUCCCGCUUUGUUUUGAAGAUAACCGAUUUUGGCAUACACGCCCUCCGCACUUCAGAGAAGGACGCCCGGGCUCAUAGCUAUUGGACACGGCUACUAUGGACCGCACCGGAGCUACUCCGCAUGACAGACCCUCCGCCAGAAGGUACACAGAAAGGCGACGUGUAUUCCUUCGGCAUCAUCAUGCAUGAGAUUGUCAAUAGGCAAGGCGCGUUCUGGCUCGGACCUGGCAUUGAAAUGGCGCCGAAAGAGAUAAUCGAAACGGUCAUAGCGAGUGGGUUGCGACCCAACACGUCUCACCACCGGUCCAGCGAGGCAGACGACGCCACCGAGCUGAUGCGCCGCUGCUGGGCCGAGGAGUCUGCCGAGCGCCCAGACUUCGGACACUUAAAGGGAGCCAUACGCCGUCUCAACAAGACCCAAGAAAGCAGUAAUAUCCUGGAUAAUUUACUUUCACGUAUGGAGCAGUACGCUAAUAAUUUGGAGUCUUUAGUUAGUGAGCGCACGCAAGACUAUUUGGAAGAAAAGAAAAAAUGCGAAGAGCUGCUUUAUCAAUUACUACCCAAGUCCGUGGCCUCGCAACUGAUCAACGGCCAAUCCGUUGUAGCUGAAACGUUUGAGCAGGUCACCAUAUAUUUCUCGGAUAUCGUUGGCUUCACUGCUCUCUCCGCUACUUCGACGCCGAUGCAAGUUGUAGACCUCCUUAACGAUCUCUACACUUGUUUUGAUUCAAUAGUCGAAAACUAUGACGUUUACAAGGUGGAGACUAUAGGCGACGCGUACAUGGUGGUGUCUGGGCUGCCGGAGCGCAACGGGACGAGACACGCAUGCGAGGUGGCCCGCAUGUCCUUAGCGCUGCUCGACGCUGUGCGUCGGUUCCGCAUCAGGCACCGGCCCCAUGACCAGCUCAAGCUUCGGAUCGGAUUGCAUACUGGUCCCUGCGUCGCUGGUGUGGUCGGACUCAAGAUGCCUCGCUACUGUCUCUUCGGUGACACGGUGAACACGGCGUCGCGUAUGGAAUCCAACGGGGAAGCUCUCAAAAUCCACGUCUCUCCCACCACCAAGGAAUUGCUGGAUUCCUUUGGAACUUUCCAUUUGGAAUGUAGAGGAGAGGUUGCAAUGAAGGGUAAAGGAAUUCUAGUCACGUAUUGGUUAUUAGGCGAAAAAAUCGACCCAAAUGCUUCUAAAGAAAGACCUUAUUUAGCAAAAAGUCAAACUUCGUCAGUUGAAAUCGGAUCGUUGUCGCACUUAACUCCGUUCCGAAGUCGGUUGGACCAGGGAUCUAGGUCGUCAAGCCGCCGAGGUUCAGGAAUAUUCGCGCAGAAAUCUACAGAUGUCGUUAAAUUAGAAAAAGAAGCUCAACCAUUGCUACAAAAUUUAAAGAUCCAAAGGCAACAUUCUGAUCCUACCGAACCAUCGCAUUCAGUAUCCAACGGAAUGCAGGAUUUGGCGGAUACAGACAAACUAAGUAUGUCAAAUUCCAUCUCACUGAAUGUACAUUCUUUGAACCAUUCCUCAGUAACUCAGGGCAGUCAACCGAAGGUGAAGCUUAAGGAUUGCCAGGUGAACUCGAUGGGAAAUCACAAGUCCAAUAAAAUAGGCAAUAAUAAUUGGAUUCCAAAGAUACCGACCGCCAGCUCGUUCGACAAUGGAUCCAAGAAAAAUAACGAACGUUUGAAAGACUACAGCAGCGUCCCAUUGCUCUCAAAAGCUGACACGCCAAAUGAUUCAAUAGUUUAAAGUCACAUAUUCUGCAAUGAAAGGGUCUGGUGACACAAAGGUUUGGCACAGAAUAUUUCUUUCCUACAAAAUUUCGUAUCGGUGGUGUAACUUCUACGAUACAUUAAAUGGAAAAUGUCAGUGUUUGAUGUUAGUAAAUUUUAUUGUACCUAUCUCAAUCCUCGACAAAAUAGUUGUCGUUUCUCCGCACUGUGUACCAUUCCUGACAUUCCUAAGAGGAGCUUCAUUGUUUAAGACUAUCCUGCCAUGAGUGUGAUACUUUUUGAUAGAGUCUUCAAAUUGGGCAUCGAAGUUAUGGCAUUCGAUUAGGCUGGCUCUUUUAAAAUAUUGGUCUAUGUUAAAGUACUUAAGAAUAGUAUUUAUUAAUGUAUCAGUGAUGAGACUAGGUUGUAUAUAAAGUACUUAAGUGUUUAUUUAUUGUAAAUAAUAUGUCUGUUAUAUUAAAAUCACUAGACAUUGAUUGCACGAGAAAAAUAUAAAGGUAUACCUACUGUACACAUAAAUUAACAUUCAAAUGAAAUGUCUAUUUUCGAUGCGAUUUAGUAUUCAAUGUAUUACCUACUGACAGUUACUUGGUGGUUAAAGAAUUUAACAACUUACUUGUAAGAUAGCGCUAUUACUUGUGCAUUUAUCUAUUACAUUACGUCACGUAUUACAUAGCAGACGUGGUCGAUUUACUUGUAUGUUACACCUCUACACGUUCUAGACUAGUACGAGUAUUUCACAAUAUUUAAAUAUCGAUGUACCGUUAUACCUGCUACAGAUAUAAUAUUUAAUGUCGUUGAUCAUUGUGAAUUUUAAUAGCGCUUUUAGGAAUACCAAUAUUAUAUUUUGAAUAGAUGUUACGUGAUGAAAAAAUAUCAAUAAUGUUCAGUAUUUACUGUUACAAGUCAUAUUCAAAGUUAUAACGGUGUUAAAUAGAAACUUUGAUUAGUUCUAAAUGGUUGUUGUGAUCUUUCUGAUUGUAAGUUAUAAAAGUACUAUAAAUGUAUGUAGCAAAAAUAUGAUGAAAAUAAAUGUUUGAAAAACAUUAUAGCAAAUAUAAAGAGUGAGAAUAGAAA